AUGCCCUUUGCUGACCAUAAGAAGUAUAAGAUCCAGCGGGAGGAAAUGCCCGCCGUUCCUCACUUUUCCGACUUCAAUGACCCACGCUUCUGCUUUACGGGCAACAAGCAGAAGAAUGGCAUUCUUGCAUACUAUCAGUGGCUCCACUGCAUUGGAAACUGGGGCGAGGAGCACUCGAUGUGCAAGAAAAUGCGCUGGUACCUCGAACGAAUGAUGCAGGAGUCUUGGCUGGAGAAGUGGGAAGAAAAGCGUGCCUUAGGACACUUCGACCACGUUAUCCUCUACGGUGUAAAGCCAUGGAAGGAGUUCGAGCCCUUGUACCAGCCCGUGAAGAAGAAUCGAAAGGGCGCCUAUGAGUUCUGGCUGGAUCGCAACUUUGAGCCUCUGUACGACGCGGAUGCCGCCGACUUCCGGGAAAAGGCGCCCAUCCUUCACGACGUCUUUGUGAACGGUAAGAAACCUGUCUAUGACUGA